AAAAAAAAAACAGUCGAUCUUGAGUAUCAAGCGAAGCUCCUCUCAGUGGAUUCUAAUUUCGAAAAUGCAGCAGAGUGAAGAAGACAUUCGAAAUCUUCCCAUCGACAUUACAUUUUCUCGUCUCGGAGAAUGGCUGGUUGAUCGGAAAAGAAUACCGUCCGAUUGGAGGAAACGGAUAGCAGUCGUUAGAGCCCGAAUUUCCAAGGAAUUCUCGUCUCUUCCCAAGGAUAUUCAUCCCUAUUUUCAUACCCUUGACCCUGAAGGGAUUGGGUACUUAGAGGCGAAGAAGAUUUACGACAUUCUUGUGAAAACAACUCCAGAGAGCCGGAACAUAUUUGGCCGGCUAUCAGGUGCUGCUGGUGCUUGGGAGGCCAUUGUGCAUUCUUUUGAGAAAGAUUAUAUCUACCUAGGUGAGGCUGCGCAAAUAAUUAUUCAAAAUGUAAAUUACGAAAUACCAUAUCAGAAAAAGCAGGUACAAAAAGUCCAGCAACAGUUAGCAGAGCUAGAGCGCAAGGAAGCUGAUAUUAAAAGAAGUACGUCUCUGUCAGCUGCUAAAUAUGUCGAGGCUUGUCAAGAGCUUGGGUUGCAGGGAAACAAUGUUAGAUUUGAACUUUUAGAGACUGCAAAAUCGCUUCCAAGCACUUUUAACCAGAUACUAGAAGUUUUAAACAGUGAAUCAGUGUUGCAGGCGAUAGAAUUUUAUUCCGCUUUUGUUAAAGAUGUUCACACAGAGAAGGAUAAAUCUUCAUCGACAGUGUUACAAAACUUAAAAGAAAUCCGUGAGAGCCCCCCAUCUUUGAAAGUUUCUGCUAGCCCAGAGAUACUUGAUGUUGCAAAUGUUCAAUUAAAUUAUGAUGAGCCGAGCCAUGUGAGAGGGGAAAUGGAUGUUGCUAAUGAUAAUAUUGACUGGGAUAUUUCGGUUGAUAGUGCUCAGAUUGACUGGGACGUCGGUACUGUGGAAGAAACAGAUGAUGGAGGUAAUGGCUUUGGUCCGUACGAAAUUGUGAAUGCCAGUGAUGUCAUACAGAAUGAUGUUGUAGAAUCUGAUCAAAAUCUAUCAGAUAGAGGAAUUGACAGCUCGCAUCCGGAGAUUUCUGUGUCAGAAAUAUCUUGGGAUAUUAAUGUUGAUACACCUCAAGUUGAUAUCACAGAUGAUGUCAGUUUGUCUAAUAUUAUCCCGGGAAAUCAGAUGUAUAUUCCAGAUUCUUCAACUCACAACCUAGAAGAAAAGGAGGAGAGAAGUCGGCUUCUGGAGACCGAGUACAGAAAUAAACUGCUUGAUGAUUUGUAUGAGAUCAAAGCAUUUUUGAGCCAACGGUUGGCUGAGUUGAGAAAUGAAGAGACUUUGUCCUUGCAACAUCAAGUUCAGUCUGUUGCUCCUUUGAUCCUGCAGCAAUAUGCUCCUGAUGCUAUUGCAACAAUGUUGUCUGAUGUUUUCACGGUCAUCUGUUUGCUGACAAACCGCAAAACGCGGGACCUGAUCAUGAUUCUUAACUCCAAAAGAUUCCUGGAUAGAUUGGUCAAUACAUUGGAGGAAAAAAAGCACCACGGAUUGAAGUUAAAAGAGGGGUUGAAGGACUUGGCUGCUAAACGCAUGGAGCUUCAAAAUUCUUUAUCUUCAUCAUGGCCAAAGCAGGAAGCAGGUGUAGCAAAAACCAGGGAGCUGAAGAAGCUGUGUGAGAGCACUCUUUCGACAAUGUUCGACGGAAGACCAGUUAAUAUAAUAGGCGAGAUCAACACCUUAUUGAACAGCAGCAUCAGUGCAUCCUCUUAAAGAGGCAAUCUAAGAGCUGUUGUUACUCUUAAUUAGAAUGAAUAUGGUAGGUGGAUGAUGAUGAUAGGUGUGGAUCUUUUUUCUUUUUUCGCUCUAUUGGGAGCUGAAGCUUACAAGCAUAAGAAUAAAAUUUUGGUA